CUUGGGUUUCGUGUGCGUUUCUGCUUUUCUUAAAGACCAUUACCUCUCUCAUUCCAAAGAAAUCCACAAAUACCCAGAAAAGACUAAGAAAGAAGAAAGUGGCUUGACGCUAGAAUCGCUUCAAAGACCCAGAUUUUCACUUCUUUUCUUGAUUUCGUUCUGGGAUAGUGUAUAUUUAGCUACACUUUUGGUUCUGGUUUUUUUGGUUGGUAGUGUUUCUGAAAAUGGGUAGCAAAUGGAGAAAGGCAAAGCUGGCUUUGGGUUUGAAUCUCUGUGUCUACAUGCCAAGAACUCUAGAAGAUCCGCUUCCCUCAAUCGACUCCUCCGAGAGGCUAUCUGAUGUUGCUUUGUUGUCACCUGGCAACUGGGACAUGACUACUCCUUCUCGGCCUAUGACUCCCACCCCGUCUUCUCACGGUUUGAGGUUCUCCAAAAGUGGAACCAAAUCGUCUAAGCAAAUGUGCUCCAUAUGUUUGACUAAGAUGAAACAAGGAGGUGGCCAUGCUAUCUUCACUGCAGAGUGCUCACAUUCUUUCCACUUCCAUUGCAUUGCUUCCAACGUAAAACAUGGUAAUCCAAUCUGUCCAGUUUGCAGAGCAAAAUGGAAAGAAAUCCCCAUGCAAAGCCCCGGUUCUGUUGCACCGUCUGAAAGGGCAUUGAUGAGCCCAAUUUUUUGGCCUCAAAAUGAUGCUUUGAUGGCUGUGGUCCGCCGAUUACCUCCUCAUCAUAGAGAUUUAAAUCGUCGGCACAUUGUGCCUCUAUGUCAGGCUCCUGAGCCUGGCGUGUUCGAUGAUGAUGAAUUGUUAGAUCAUCAACCUGUAAUUGCUGAGGGUAAGGAUGGCUCAGAUAACUGUUCUGUUAGAACAAUAGAGAUCAAAACAUACCCCGAGGUUUCAGCUGCACCAUGGUCCUAUUCUUAUGAUAAUUUCACUGUUUUGGUCCAUCUUAAAGCUGCUGCAUCAGUUGCAAGACAAAAUCCCAGCAGAAACCAAAUUCCCUUGCCACAACUUUCUAAGGCUUCUCGUGCACCAGUUGACUUGGUUACAGUGCUUGACAUCAGUGGUAGCAUGGCAGGCACCAAGCUUGCAUUACUAAAACGAGCAAUGGGGUUCGUAAUACAAAAUCUUGGCUCUAAUGAUAGGCUUUCAGUCAUCGCUUUCUCUUCUACAGCCCGCCGAAUCUUUCCUUUAUGUCGCAUGUCUGAUACAGGGCGGCAACAAGCACUUCAAGCUGUUAACUCAUUGGUUGCAAGCGGUGGAACUAAUAUUGCUGAAGGCCUUAGGAAAGGUGCCAAAGUAAUGGAGGAACGGAGGGAAAAGAAUCCAGUUUCCAGUAUAAUACUUUUGUCAGACGGGCAGGAUACUUAUACUGUCACUGGUUCUGGUUCUGCUUCUAAUCAAACUCAACAAAAUUACAAGUCACUCCUCCCUUUUUCCAUUCAGGGGGCUGGCAAUACAGGAUUCCAGAUUCCAGUGCAUACUUUUGGUUUUGGCACUGAUCAUGAUGCUUCUUCAAUGCAUUCAAUAUCAGAGAUUUCAGGAGGCACUUUUUCUUUCAUCGAAACUGAAGCUGUGAUGCAGGAUGCUUUUGCCCAAUGCAUUGGUGGUCUUUUGAGUGUUGUGGUUCAGGAUCUGCAGGUGGUAUUAGAGUGCACAGACUCAAAUAUCCACCUUGGUUCACUAAAAGCAGGUAGCUAUCCAAGUCGUGUGACAGUUGAUGGACAUGCUGGAUUUAUUGAUGUUGGAGAUCUGUAUGCUGAUGAAGAGAGGGAUUUCCUGGUAUCAAUCAAUGUCCCAGCGGAGUCUUCCAAAAGUGAAACAUCAUUGCUGAAAGUGAAAUGUAUUUACAAGGAUUCCUUAACUAAAGAAAUGGCAACAAUGGAGAGUAAUGUGGUUAGGAUACAAAGACCUGAAAUAAUUGGGAAGGAAAUAGUGUCAAUAGAGGUGGACAGGCAACGCAACAGGUUCCAAGCUGCGGAUGCAAUAGCAGAGGCAAGAACCACUGCUGAGCAGGGAGAUUUGGCUGGUGCUGUUUCUAUUCUUGAAAACUUUAGGCGGUUAUUGUCAGAGACUGUUUCAGCCAAAUCUGGUGACCGUCUCUGUCUUGCAUUGGAUGCUGAGCUCAAAGAAAUGCAAGAAAGGAUGGCAAGCAGGCAUGUCUAUGAGGCAUCUGGGAGAGCAUAUAUCCUUUCAGGACUAAGCUCGCAUUCAUGGCAAAGAGCCACAGCAAGAGGUGACUCUACAGAUGGUUCAAGUCUGGUUCAAGCUUAUCAAACCCCUUCAAUGGUUGAGAUGCUUACUCGAUCUCAGGCUAUGUUACUUGGUAGUCCAUCAGCUCAGAGACUUGUCCAACCAUUAUGGCCAUUUGGAUCGCAACCAAAGCCACGGUAAUAUUUGGUAGUAGGGAAAUCAUCUUAAACUUGUUCUACUGGUGCUCUUUUCCCUAUACUUUUUCAAAAUUACAUUUUGUAGAGGGAUAGGAUGGUGAUAUGAGGGUUUUUGGGCUGUUGCUAUGUUUCUGUCUUACUCUUACAUUGUGUAAAUGAAUAAAAACUGGUGAAAAGGCAAAAGAAUAUAUUUGAGGGGAGAUAAGAGAAGGGAGACUAGAUAGGGUGUAACACGUUUGUCUUUUCGUUUGUUUUUGAGUUGGGGGUGAUGUACAUAUAAAGAGAAUAUCUCUUUGGAAGAAGCUGGGUAUAAGUUUGUAACUGUGGAAAUGAAUGGAAUGUACUAUUCACCUAAUAUAAUUUUCUGCUUCAC